UCUCAAACCAUGGGAAACAUGAUGCGGCAUUAGACUUUAUUUGCAUAUAUAUAUGUCUAUUUUACUGCCAGUGGAGCAAUCUGUUGGCAUGCUCUUGAUGCAUUGUCUCCUAAGUCCAUUAUCAAUAGCUUUCAGCUUCAUAAUAAUUCAUCACACAGAUAUAUACAGUUGGCUGUAUCACCUUACCAUUGAAUUGUGUUUUCAAAAUGAUGAAAACAAUGCAGGUUACAUGCAUCAAUCAUGUCUACAAAAAUAUGGAGUAUGCUAUAAAUAAUGUAUGAACUAACAUUUAAGAAGCUAAGCUCUAUUGGCCUGUUUUUGGAGAAGGUGGGGCAUGCACUUAGCACUCUUAAACAAUUGCUUACUCAUUGUUAGAGGACUCUAAGACAGCAUCAUGUGAUCUCUAUAUGUAUGGUCCCCAUCCUUAAACCCAAAUCAAAUAAUGAUUUCUCUUAAGUUUCCUUAGAGUCAUAAAAUCUAUAAAUACACUUGCUCUUACCUUCAAAAUCAACAAAACUCAUUGGCAAUAAGCAUCAAUACUUGAACACAUUCUUCUUAUAAUCUCUAGAGCUCUUUCUUUUUCUUACAUACAUACAAAGAAAGAUGGGUUUCCGUUUUCCUGUCAUCCGAAAGGCAUCAUUCUCUGCUAGGCAAGCAGCUUCAAAAUCUGUAGAAGUCCCAAAGGGGUAUCUUGCAGUGUAUGUCGGAGAGAACCAGAAGCGUUUUGUGAUUCCCAUUUCAUAUUUGAACCAACCUGCAUUCCAAGACUUGUUGAGUCAAGCUGAGGAAGAGUUUGGAUAUGAUCAUCCCAUGGGAGGUCUCACAAUUCCCUGCAGUGAACAUGUCUUCCAGUUAAUCACAUCUCGCUUGAAUUGAUGAUGAAUCUCACACUAUAGGACACUGAUAUAGAUUAACAUAGACAUGUUGUGUACAAUAGAUUAGUAUAGAGCAUCAGAAUGACAUUCAAAGAGUAUGUCUUCUGUUUUUUGUACGAUGACAAAUUGACAAUGAAUUAAAUUCAGUUACUCAA